AUGACCACCGAAUAUGGAACUCAAGCCGGAUCCGAAGCUGGAGCAAGUGGAGGAGAAAUUCCGUUGUCCGUUGUGAUGCAGCAAAUGGCCGAGCAAAACAGCCGCUUGAUGAAGUUACUGGAACAGUUCACCGGUAACCAAGCAACGUCAACACAGCAAAACGCUCCAGAGAAAAUUCUCGAAUCCCUUGCGACCAAUCUUAAGGAGUUCCACUUCGAUCCGGAAAUCGGGUUGACUUUCGAUCGCUGGUUUUCUAAGUAUGAGGAUCUAUUCAGGCAGGAUGGCAGAAGCUUGGAUGAUGCCGCGAAGGUAAGACUUUUGCUGCGGAGUCUCAGUGUUCCGGUGCACGAGAAAUACCUGCUGCCGUCCCACCCACGCGAUUUCACCUUCGACGAAGUUGUAGACGAGAUGAAGCAGAUUUAUGGUCAGCAUAAAUCUCUGUUCCGCAAGCGCUACGACUGCCUCAAUAUUGAGAAGAACGAAGUCGACGAUUUCGUAACGUAUGCUGGAAUCGUCAACCGUCAAUGUGAAGAUUUUGAACAUCAGAAGCUCACCGUGGAUCAGUUCAAGAGCCUGGUGUUCAUCUGUGGACUGGUCACCGAGUGCCAACGACUGUCGAAUCUUAAACACGACACGGCGUUGGUCGAGAAGAAACCGACAUCUUCAGCGGUCCAGGCAGUUCGGCAGUCAAAGAAGCAGCCGAACAACUGUCAAUUUCAACGAAAAUCGGCCGAGCUCCAAUUGGACUGUGGUUUCGACAUCACCGUUAUCAGCACACACACGUGGAAAAUGAUUGGCUCACCGUCAUCAACGGUGACUAGCGUAGAAGCAUCAACGGCAUCAGGGGAACCACUCGAAUUGGUUGGCGAAUUCACCUGCCCGGUUACUAUCUGGAAAACUACGAAGGCAUCGGUCUGCUACAUCACAUCAGUUGAAGAUCUGAACGUCAUCGGACUGGACUGGUUGGACGCAUUUGACUUAUGGUCGAAGCCGCUUGCUGCCAACUGCAAACAGGUGAAUCUUUCCAAUUUUUCGCCUUCCUCUGAUCAGCACUUCCUUAAGCAAUAUCCUGAAGUUUUUCAGCAUGGUUUGGGCCACUGCAUGAAGACGAAAAUUUCACUGUCUCUGAAGCCGGAUGCCCAACCCGUUUUCCGACCAAAGCGACCGGUGCCUUUUCAUGUCAUCCAAAAGGUAGAAGAGGAGCUGGAUCGACUCGAGCGGUUGGACAUCAUCUCACCGGUCGAUUUUUCGGACUGGGCAACACCCAUCGUCGUUGUCAAGAAACCGGGGGGGGGGAAAAGUGCGUCACUGGAGACCAACAACCACCCUCUUCCUACCCCGGAGGAGAUCUUCAGCAAGCUAUCGGGCAGUCAAGUCUUCAGCAUCAUCGACCUGUCGGAUGCCUACCUUCAGGUGGAGGUCAAUGACGAAUCCAAGAAGCUGUUGACGAUUAACACCCACCGUGGGUUAUUCCGUUUCAACCGAUUGGCUCCAGGGGUCAAGUCAGCACCCGGUGCAUUCCAGCAGCUAAUGGCGAAAAUAGUUUCGGGUCUACGUGGUGUGGAAGUUUUCCUCGACGAUAUUCACAGCAAGACUCUCGUGGAUCAUAACCGAAUCAUCCACAUGCUUUUCAACCGUCUGCGUGACUAUGGAUUCCGUCUACGUGUGGAGAAGUGCCGAUUCCACCAGUAUCAAAUCAAGUACCUUGGACAUAUCGUUUCUGCUAAAGGUAUCCAACCCGAUCCAGCCAAGAUUGUAGCCAUUUCGGAAAUGCCCGCACCAACCGACGUUCCCACAUUGCGCUCGUUCUUGGGUGCAGUCAAUUUUUACGGCAAAUUCGUCCGCGAGAUGCACCAACUACGCCAUCCGUUAGACAACCUUCUGAAAAAGGACACGAAGUUCGAUUGGAGUAAGGAGUGUCAGCACGCUUUCCAAAACAUCAAAAAAGUGCUACAAUCUGGUCUGUUGCUCACCCACUACAAUCCAGAGCAAGAGAUUAUCGUGGCAGGAGAUGCGUCAAAAACUGGCAUUGGUGCAGUUAUUCUUCAUCGUUUUCCGAACGGCAUCAUCAAGGCUGUGUCACAUGCAUCGAGAUCGCUGACUGUAGCAGAGCAGAACUAUAGCCAAAUCGAAAAAGAGGCGUUGGCAUUGGUAUUUGCUUGCACGAAAUUACAUCGUUUGCUGUGGGGUCGCCGGUUCACGCUUCAAACGGACCAUCAACCAUUGCUGAGAAUUUUCGGAUCCAAAAAGGGCAUUCCUGUACAUACCGCAAAUCGGCUCCAACGAUGGACCCUAACACUUUUGGGAUACGAUUUCAACAUCGAAUACGUAUCAACUCAAGAUUUCGGUUACGCUGACGUACUUUCCCGGCUUAUCAGCAACCACCCGAAACCCGACGAAGAAGCAGUCAUCGCUAUGGUUCGAGUCGAAGAUGACGUUAGUUCCUGUUUCCAUGACUCUAUUCAAAAUCUUCCAGUCACCCACGAGAGCCUGAAGAUCGCCACUAAGAAGGAUGCCGUGCUCCAGAAAGUAAUUUCCUACGCACAAGGUUCCUGGCCAUUACGGUGCGAAGGUAUCGAAGAUGUAGAAGUUCGAUCUUUCUUCAGCCGUCGAGGUUCCUACUCCGUAAUUGACGACUGUAUCAUGAUGGCGGAUCGAAUUGUAGUUCCCAAAAGCCUGCAGAAAAGGAUCCUCAAGCAAGUUCACCAAGGACAUCCUGGCAUCGAACGGGCAAAAGCUAUCGCUCGUGGAAUCGUUUUCUGGCCGACAAUAGAUGAAGACAUCACCAACUACGUUCGUAGAUGCCCAAGCUGUGCGAAUGCUGCAAAAUCUCCACCACAUGCUCAACCACAACCGUGGCCCCGAGAUGAAGGACCCUGGCAACGACUCCACAUCGAUUUCGCUGGACCUGUGGAUGGAGAAUACUAUUUAGUUGUGGUGGACUCUUUCUCAAAGUGGCCGGAAAUACUGCAAACUCGUUACCCGACUACUUCCACAACGACCACAUUUCUUCGAGAAUGCUUCGCAAGAUUUGGAAUUCCUACAGUCAUUGUGUCGGACAAUGGAAGCAAGUUCACCAGUGCUGAAUUCCGUGAUUUCUGCGAAGAAUUUGGGAUCGUCCAUUUCCGUACAGCUCCGUAUCAUCCACAAUCAAACGGGCAAGCGGAGAGGUUUGUGGACACCUUGAAGAGAUCGCUGGAGAAAAUUGUCGACGGAGGAGAGAGGACAACCCUUACUGCGCUUCAAACUUUCCUGUACGUCUACAGAUCCACUCCAUCAGCGGUUCUGAGUGGACAAUCUCUAGCCGAGGUAAUGCUUGGACGCAAGAUGAGGACAACUUUGGACCUGUUACGACCGUCACCCAAACCAGAAUUUCACCCACAACAUCAACCAGUCAAGCGAAGUUUCCUUGCUGGUGCUCGAGUUUAUGCCAAAGUCUACUCUGCAAACGAGAAGUGGAAGUGGAUGCCCGGUGUUGUGCUCGAAGCUAUUGGCAAUGUCAACUACAACAUAUUAUUGGACUACCAAGUUGGUCGACGCAAAGUCCUACUUUCGCACAUUGAUCAACUCCGAACGGGAAUGGAAGAAGUUGCUCCUGCACCAGCACCAUUAUCCAUCUUGAUUGACGACUUUGGACUUACUCCAGCUGAACCAACACCUCAGCUGGACAGAACCCAAUCUUCGAUCCAGAACGAUCAACCAACACCUAAUGAAGUCCUGAACUUGGAUCAACCAAAAUCCGAUGAGGAGCACGUUGAGUCAGCCGAGGUUCUUGAUCUUCAAGAUACGUUGUCGAGUGAAGGAGAUGGAACUCUACUGUCAAUGGAUGUUCCCCAGCCGAUUCAAACAUCGACACCUUUGCAACGUCCCGUGCGAUCAACCCGGCCACCAAUCAAGUUUCAAGAUUACCACUGCUACCAAAUUAGAGGGGGAGAUGCUACCUUGGCUACCAUGACUGUUGAUAGAUCACAGUAG